UGCAGUUUACAGUAUCAAUUGGCGCGCUCGUUGAGGUUUAUGCGUGAGUAGUGAAAUAAUACUUUGAUAACAAACGAAUAGAAGUGUGUCUUGAAAAAGCUAGAAGGUCGUAAAGAAAAUGUCUGCAAAUAUAUCACCUAGUAAGAGAUGUUACAAAGCGCCUGCGCUUGGUGAAGAGAUUGUUAUCUCUGGUAUUGCUGGUAGAUUUCCGGACUCUAACAAUGUGGAAGAGCUCAAGAACAAUCUAUUAAAUAAAGUGGAUCUAGUUACAGAUGACAAUCGUCGAUGGAAAUUAGAUCAUCCAGAUAUCCCUCAGCGAACUGGAAAAGUUAAUGAUGUCGAUAAAUUUGAUACGUUAUUCUUUGGAGUUCAUUUUAAACAGGCUCAUACUAUGGAUCCAAUGUGCAGAAUGUUAUUAGAGCACGCAUAUGAGGCCGUUAUUGAUGCUGGAAUAAAUCCAAAGCAGUUACGCGGAUCACGAACAGGCGUCUUCAUGGGCGCAUGUUUCUCCGAGUCUGAGAAGACAUGGUUUUAUGAGAAGUUACAG